UUCUCUUUUAAAAUUACAAAAAUGAAAAGCUUUUGCACUUGUGACCACGGAAUUUUCUCAAAUCUUCCGGAGAACACGUUAAUUUGCCCAACUUGCAAUAAGUUAAUAUUUAGGAAUGCUCCACAACAACCACCACGCCAGCCUGUUGAGGAAGCUCGAGCCAUGCCGAGUUAUUUCCCUUUUCCCAGUGGUUCUCAAGCUCAAGGUUCUUAUUUUCAAGGGUAUUGUAGAACUCCUCCGAGAUUUCCUGGAAUGCCGUUCGAAUCUGGACCUGUUCUCUUUUUACCAGUUCCGCCACCCACACCUGUACAAAUUCCACGCAGGACCGAACCUUUUGCGCCUCCUGGAAAUGCUUCAGGGUCCAGUAAUUAUUAUGCGUCACUAUGUUCCUGGUGUUAUAUUGAAAUUGGGUAUCUCGCUUGGAAGAAGGUUUACCUCGAAGAAGAAAUAGCCCAAGUUUGUCAAUUUUGCCUCCAGAGAACAGAGAUUUCAUCAAAGAGGCAAAUUUUGGAAUUCAUCAAAUUGAGUCGAGAAAUGUCGGAAGAAUAUACGUCCGAUCCGUACACAGAGGUUUCCGGGGUCAUCGGAUACGUGAAACAUACCAUCCAGUGCAGCGAAUGCCAAAGAGAAAUUCCGCGAGAAACAUAUGCCCAACAUUUGCGCAACAUUCACAAUUUCGGUGUUGUUGUGCAAUGUGUACAGAAUUGCAAGAAAUUCUUCACACUGGAAGAGAUUGAUGCUCACGCUGCAACUUGCAGAAAGAUUUGCCGCACAUGUGUCAACGAAGGUGAUGCUUUGCAGCGACAUUUUGCUCAACAUGUCGCCCGUCAUCACAACCAUCUCGUGGUUUGCGACUUCGACGGUUGCCUGAGAAUCUUUCCCUGUUAUAGAACAGUUUUUGACCAUAUCAUUCAUGAACAUAUCUGGCAAGAAGUCUCGUUUUAAUUUUAUUCAACAAGCUUUAUGAUUUUACACAUUUAAAAAGAAUUUCUGCCUGAUCACACAGUGAUUUUUGCUUUUGUGAUCUUUUGUUUAAGGCAUGUAAUUUUUUAGAUAAGGAUGUAACAUUAAAAACACUUUUUUAUUGCAACGCGAAACCCUGGAAUUCUAUCUUAGCUAAACAAAUACAUAACAAUUUGAAACAUAAAUUUGGAAUCGUGAUUUUUCUUUUAAAAGUUAAAAGCAUAACAGAGAGAAGCUGCUGUAAACAUUUACAGAUAUAUCUUGUCCUAAAUUGUAAAAAGCUGCUGAGCGACUGAGAUUAGAGCGAAACGCGGAGGCGAACCGGCAACCUCUCUUCCAUAGGGCCAAGAAGGUCACCGCCCGAAACGUGAAUAAUUACGUCACGUCACGUGACUCGAUUCGCGAGGCCGACGCCACCACUCCGCUCAGCAACAGCACACAGCCUCACAACGAGAAGAGGAGCCGCGCGAGAAGCACGCCCGUGUUUGAAGAAGCUGGAAGCAUGACUCCCUUCUUCGCCACCUUUUUCUUGCUUGGCCUUUCAUCCGUGGCCGCCACGACCAACUUCAAUCAAGUCUACGAGUGGAAAGAAUUGGAUUACGAGUGGCCGUCCGAGGCCAGCAGGUCAAAGGCCUUGAAAGAUAAAACUUUCGAACCAGACAACAUUUCUCCUCAUUUCAUUGCGGUCUACGGUUCAAGACUCUUCCUCAGCCUUGAGAGUUAUGGCGGCAUUCCGGUGACUCUGGUGUCCUUGCCGACGAGCAGCGCGUCCUCCGCACCCCCGAAGCUCACUCCAUUCCCUUCAUGGGACAUGCAUGGAAAAAUAGGAGACUGCGACAAAAUUGAAGAAGCAAGAGGGCUGGAAGUGGACUCGGUUGGAAGGCUGUGGGUGCUCGACAGCGGAAGCAACACUUGCAAGGCCAAACUAUGGACCAUCGACUUGGCCAACAACGAUCAAACUAAACUCAUUCAUGAGAUUGAUAUUAACCAUUCCAUGCACGACUUGGUGCUCGACGAAACGCCAAACGGAACCUUUGCCUACAUCACGCGGUGGAGAGAAGAACACAUUGUCGUCUUUAGUUUGGAAAGAAACCAAAGCUGGUUUGUACACUGCACGCCAGGAUUACGUCUUAUUUCCAUCGCCCUGUCCCCAAAGGAUCAGGAACCAAGACAGCUCUACCUUGCCAAAUCCAAAGAACUCUAUUCAUUUUCCGUUGCCGCACUUCACAACGGAACUCGAAGAGUAAAUCCGAAACUAAUCGGAAACUGGACCGGACCACCAUACAGAAUGCUGAUGGACAACCAGGGGACCGUGUAUGCCGCCUUUUUGUGGAAGAAUUACGCAUCUUCUUGGAACUCUUCCCAACCACUUCAGGAGCAGCGUUUUCGUGAGGCCGCUGGAAAGGAUAGUUAUUGGCCGUUUACUAUUGCUUUGGACCAAAAUGGAACCCUUUGGAUGACGGUGUUUGACACGAACAGAGAAAAGCCAAGUCAGAGGCUUUUGAAGGCUGCAGUCGGAGCCAAAUCGUACAUGUUCGAGGCCCCGCCAGAUGGUUCAAGCGGUGCAGAGGGAAACGUUGCGGGAAAGCCACCUAAAGAAGAAUACUGAUCGACUUCGUUUUCCUCUUGGCUAUGGCCAUUUUGUAGUUUUACUAGCGGGCUUAUAAUCAUUUUCAGUUCAAAUAAAGGGGAAUUUAGUGAUUAUUAGAAAAGUGCAAGGAUUUUUUUAAUAGAGAGGUGACGUCAGUUGGAAGCCAUAGCGUAAGACCAUCAAGAAACCGCCCUUCAGCUUCAAAAAAUUCAAAAUCCUUCUGGUUUACCUCGUUUUGAUUCAAGAGUCUUUGUAACAGUUAAUAAAUUUUCGCAUGUUCAAAAGGA